CCGCCGGCCAACUCCAACAAGCCCCUCACCCCCUUCAGCAUCGAGGACAUCCUCAACAAGCCCUCGGUGCGGAGGAGUUACACCCUCUGCGGAACGGCCCACCUCCUCUCCGCCGCCGAGAAGCACCCCCCGGCCGGGCUGCCCCUCUCCGGCCGGGCGCUGCUCUCCCAAACCUCGCCCCUCUGCGCCCUGGAAGAGCUGGCCAGCAAGACCUUCAAGGGGCUGGAAGUCAGCGUGCUGCAGGCGGCCGAAG